AUGGGUCCACGAGAGGAGAUAAGAUUGGUUAGAUGAAAAGGUAUCGUGGGUGUAGUGUUCCACUAUUUUGCGGGCUUUUAGUUAAAUCUAUUCAUCAUCCUUGGCAUUUCUUCUCAUACACAGCAGGUGUUCCAACACUGUAUGUGGGAUUUAGGAUUUCCUUAUGGGCUUUUUCAUGUUUCUUCUUGAAGAUACCACAAAAAAUAUAAAAAACAAGGGCGCACGAGUUUUGAGAAUUCAACCACUUGAGCUCAAUUUCACAUUUGAGUUGGAGAAACAAAAUAAGUGUGCCUUUACCCUCACAAAUACAAGUGAUGAUGAUCAUGUAGCAUUUCAGGUAAUCACACCAUGGCCAUUAACUUUUCCUGAAACAGGCAUCAUGAAGCCAAAUUCAACAUGUAAACUCACAGUUAUAAUCCAAGCUCAAAGUUCAUACAUAGAUUUUAUGAGGUGCAAAGACAAAAUUUUGAUUCAGAGCAAAAUUUUACCUUUUCGGACAACUCAAGAUGAUGUUUCACCUGAAAUGUUUGCAGAUGAUUAUAUAAACUACACAGAAGAAAACACGCUAUGGAUUGUAGCUUUACCACCACUUAGCCAAGCAUAUUCUCCGGGAUUAAAUUUAAUGAUCAACAUAGAUCGUCUACUGGGAAAGUUGGACAGUUUAGAGGCAGAGUUUAACACCUCAAAGACAAAGGAAGGGGGAGGCACAACCACUCGAGUGCAUGUCAAACCAAUUAUUGAAAUGUCGAUCUGUGAGUUCGUAAGAGUUUGGGGAUGGAAGAUUUUGUUUCCAGGCAGCGUAACUAUCCUAUUAUUAAUCUUAACCUUACUCUUCGUGAUAUAUUAUCGCGGCCGGGAGUGAUAAGCUGCUGCCAGUCAGAAACUUUGUUAUUCAAAAUAAAUUUAUCUUGACUGUAGUAGUUGAAAUAAGUGUUUUACUUGCUGUUUCUCA